AUUUAAUAUUUUAGGUUGAUUUUCAAAUCUAAAUGUUUUCAUAUUAAAUGUAACGUGUAUGAACGAAAUAAAUUAUCUCUUGCCGUAUGGUUGGUUUGUGACAAAUUUUUGUUAGAAGAGCAGUUGUAAUAUAAUAGUUUUGCAAUAACAAUCUAUGCAACAUGGAUUGUAAAAAUUAUGUUUUAUGUUUGGCAUUUAUUUUAAGUUUAAAUUAUGUUUGCUGUCAGUACAGGUUAAAAAAUAUGCAAGGUUCAUCUCUAUCUGAUCGGGUGCAACAGUUAACAGAACUAACUCUUACAAGACCUGUAAUUAAAUUCAAUGGCGCAAGGUUUAGAGAAUAUGUUAAAACCACGCCAAGAAAUUAUUCUGUUAUUGUAAUGUUUACUGCAAUGGCACCUCAAAGACAUUGUCAGAUAUGCAGACACGCAAAUGAUGAAUUUGUGAUAGUAGCAAAUUCAUUCAGAUAUUUGCAAGCUCAUUCAAAGAAAUUAUUCUUUGCAUCUGUGGAUUUUGAUGAAGGAUCAGAUGUAUUUAAUAUGAUGAAAAUAAAUAGUGCACCAGUAUACAUGCAUUUUCCACCAAAAGGGAAACCAAAGCCUGCAGAUACUAUGGAUAUUGAAAGAGUGGGAUUUGGAGCAGAAGCAGUUGCGAAGUGGAUAUUUGAACGUACUGAUAUUCAGAUUAGAGUAUUUAGACCUCCAAACUACUCUGGUACAGUAGCAAUAAUAAUGUUGUUGAUACUUAUUGGAGGAUUCUUGUAUCUAAGACGUAACAACUUGGACUUUAUUUAUAAUAAAACUAUUUGGGGACUCUGUGCAUUGUUUUUCACAUUAACAAUGAUUUCUGGACAAAUGUGGAAUCAUAUCAGAGGACCACCAUUUAUACAUAAAUCUUAUGGUGGAAGUGUAGCUUACAUUCAUGCUUCUUCUCAAGGACAAUUUAUUUUGGAAACAUAUAUUGUUAUGAUUUUGAAUGGAGCAGUAGUGUUAGGUAUGAUUUUAAUGACUGAAUCUGCAUCGCGUAAAGGUGAUGUGAAAAAGAGGCGGAUAUUUGCUGCCCUAGGUGCGGGCUUAGUUGCCAUCUUCUUCAGCCUUUUAUUAUCAAUAUUUAGGAACAAAGCUCAGGGAUAUCCAUACAGCUUGCUGUUUAAAUAAAGAAAUAAAUACCAGAACUAAUUGCUUCCUAUAUUAAUGAAAUAAAUCUGGAACCACUUUUCCAUAUAUUUACUUAAUGUGUAAGAGGAUAUGUAUAUUAUUCUAAUAAAAAAUAUUCCCGAGACCUAA